GGCCUACAGAAGAAGAAGAAGAAGAAUGCGAUGAAGGAGGAGAAGAGGAGGAGGAGGAGGGAGCAGAAACAAAGAGAUUUGUACAGACUGUGUUCAGAGUGAAAGAUGAGUGAAAUAUAAACGGAGGUGUGGAGAGGGUUCACCUGGAGGACUGUUUCUUCUUCUGCUGUGUCUGAAGCAGCAGCAGCAGCUUCAUCAUGUCGGAGGAGACUGCAGGAGCAGAGCGAGGUCCACAGGAGGAGGAGGAGGAGGAGGGAGGAGGUGGAGGAGGAGAAGGAGGAGAGGAAGGAGAGGGUGGAGAGGAAGGUGAAGAGGGAGGAGAAGAAAAGGUUGCCAUGGAGACGCCCAAAUGUCCCGUUUACUGUGUGUGCAGGAAACCAGACAUCAACUGUUUCAUGAUAGGGUGUGACAGCUGUACCGAGUGGUUUCAUGGAGACUGUAUCGGAGUUUCAGAAAAAGCAGCUAAAGCCAUCAGAGUGUGGUACUGUCCGUCCUGCAGAGACAAAGACUCGUCUCUGGAGAUUAAAUACCGUCUGAAGAAGAAGGAGGAGAAAGAGUCAGAACCUGAUGGAGACGGGAGCUCCACCCCUCAGCCCAAAACUGACAGGAGGCGGGGCUCACAGAUCAAGCGUUCAGCCCGGAUGUGCGGGGAGUGUGACGCCUGCCUGAGGACGGAGGACUGCGCUCAGUGUGACUUCUGUAAAGACAUGAAGAAGUUCGGAGGUCCAAACAAAAUCCGACAGAAGUGUCGUCUGCGGCAGUGUGAGGUCCGAGCCCGGAAGAUGCUUCGUGUCAAAGACGAGGAGAUGAGUCGGAGUGGUGGCAGAGGGCGGGCCCUGUCGCGUAGAGGGGCGGGGCAUCAGACAGAGGAAGAGGAGGAUGAGGAUGAAGAGGAGAUCUUCAGUGAGAGCGAGCUGGAGCUGUAUGAGCAGUACAAAGCUGCUGGAUUCAGAGACCUGGUGUGGCGCAGCGAGGAAGAGGACGCUCAGUCGGACUCUCUGAGGAAGAAGGCGGUGAAGGUGAAACAUGUCAAGAGACGGGAGAAGAAGCCGGAGAAGAAGAAGUCUGUGUCUGUUCCUAAAGAGGAGGUGAAGCCUCGCCGUCACAAAACGAAGCAGCGUCACAGGGAGCGAGGUGGAGGGGGCGGGGUCAAGGAUGUGGGCGGGGCUCUGAAGCAGUGUCUGGGACCAGGAUGUGUCCAACCAGCAAGAACCAACUCCAAGUACUGUUCUGAUGACUGCGGCAUGAAGCUCGCCGCCAAUCGUAUCUACGAGAUCCUGCCUCAGAGGAUCCAGCAGUGGCAGCAGAGUCCAUGCGUUGCCGAGGAGAUGGGGCGGAGACAGCUGGAGCGAAUCAGGAAAGAGCAGCAGGCGGCGAGGCUCCGCCUCACGCUGAUGGAGAAACGCUUCCAUGAACUCGAAGGCAUCAUCGCCAACGCCAAGCAGCAGCAGGUCCAACAUCACGAGGAGGUGACUGAAGGUGACGGCGACGACACAGACCUUCAGAUCUUCUGUGUCUCCUGCAGUCAUCCUGUGAACCCGAAGGUGGCGCUGAGACACAUGGAGAGAUGCUACGCUAAGUACGAGAGUCAGACAUCGUUUGGUUCCAUGUACCCAACACGAAUAGAGGGGGCGACCCGGUUGUUCUGUGAUGUGUAUAACCCUCAGAGUAAGACGUACUGUAAGCGGCUGCAGGUCCUGUGUCCAGAACACUCCAGAGAUCCAAAGGUCCCAGCAGAUGAGGUUUGUGGUUGUCCUCUGGUGAAAGAUGUGUUUGAGCCGACAGGAGAGUUCUGCCGACUGUCGAAGAGGAAGUGUAACAAACACUACUGCUGGGAGAAACUGCGCCGCGCUGAGGUCGACCUCGAGAGAGUCCGAGUGUGGUACAAACUGGACGAGCUUUUCGAGCAGGAGAGGAACUUGAGGACGGCGAUGACGAAUCGAGCUGGUUUACUGGCUCUGAUGCUGCACCAGACCAUCCAACACGACCCGAUCACAACAGACCUGCGCUCUGCUAAGGACAGGUAGACAGACAGGUGGACAGGUAGAGACAGACAGGUGGACAGGUAGAUACAUACACACAGACAGGUGGAGGAACAUUCACCAUGAAGGGAUUUAAAGUCUUUCCAUUUUAAGUGUGUUUGAAUGUUUCAGUUCUCAGACCAACAACAUGCUCAACACGUUCACCACAGAAACAAACAUGGCCGCCGCGUCUCAUAAUUACAUCAGAACUAUCAGAACUUUGAGACUGUUUAGUUUUAAAUUCUGAAAUCUUUGUCUCAGUGAGGUCAUGAAAAGGUUUACAAGAUGAGAUCUGGUCAUCAUGUGACAGAACCUGAAAUCACCGGGCGUUAUUUUACUGAUCACAAGAAAAUAAUUCAUAAUUAUCAUCAUAAGGGUCUGUUAAUGACAAGAUAAAGGUGACAUCAUUCUGAAGUCUCACAGUCAUGAGAUGGUUUAUUGUGAUUAUGAGACUGUUUCUCUGUGGUGAAUCUGAUGACAUCAUUAAUAACAGUAUUGAUCCUUGAUGUUUUUAUAUGGUUUUAUUCCAACAGUACUACACUACCACGGUUGCUAUGGAGACGUAAACCACUCUCCUUUACUAUUCUCUAAAAGUUUAAGGCAUUAUGAAAUAUAUGAUCACAUGAAUGAAUACAGACAGAAUCUGUGAUGUUUAUAUGAUGCAAUACGGGUUUAAAACUUAUGUAUGAAAAAAUCCUUUCACAAUAAGAGCUUCUUGCAGACAGAUGGACUCCAGUGACAGACAGUGUCAUUACAGAACAUCAUGAUAAAGAAUAGUAAAUACAUGAAAAAAAACAACUCAGAUCUGAAGCUGAACAGUUUUUAAUUUUUCAUCAUAAAGUUUUUUUAAUCUUAAAUUUCAAACAAACAGAAAUAAACUCUUUUAUUGUGAGGAGCAGCUGGGCAAAUAACAUGUCAUCAUUUUUAUAUUAAUAACAUUUUAUAUUUCCUGUAUUCAUUCAUAUGAUAAUAUAUUUAUUUAGUAUUCAACACUAGUGUUGUUUUUAAUGUGUAAUAAGAAAACAACAACAUGCAGCUAAAACUUUAAUAUGUUUAGUUUUUUAUCCUGAUGGUUUUGUUGUCUCAUUUUAUAUCUCAGUGUUCUGCUACAUAUUUUUUAUUAUUUGUUCAUGUUGUUUUUUACUGUUUGUAGAAACUGUUUGUUU